AUGGCCACUGAAACUAAACCUUACGUGUUUAUUCUGUCCAUUGGCGUGUGCUGCCUGUUACCAAGUUUGAACUCCUCAAGCGACGGCCCUGUUGUUCACACCAACCUUGGAGCUAUCCUCGGCAAACAACUGACUGUCUCCGGAAAAUAUGUGGAUGCAUUCUAUGGUAUUCCGUAUGCUGUACCCCCAGUGCGAGAACUACGAUUCAAAAACCCUGUGCCCGUCAGUCCAUGGAAAGGCAUUUUCAGCGCAACAAAGAAACCUCUACCAUGCUGGCAGUUUGAUUUGCGUUACACUAGCAAGAUCACCAUGGAUUAUCUCAAUCGGUCAAUAUCAUCGGAAGACUGCCUCUAUCUGAAUGUAUGGCGGCCAGCAUCCUUGUGCUCAGAGAGUGGUCGGUGCGACGCUCGCCUUCCUGUGAUUGUGUUCCUCUACGGCGGCGCGUUUCAGUGGGGGGACUCAUCACUGGUGCUGAAUAAUCCAGAAAAUUUUGUCGCCCUGUCCGAUGUCAUCUACGUGACUUUCAACUACCGCCUGGGCAUUUUUGGAUUCUUAUCGUCGGGAACCAAGGACUUGCCCGGUAAUAUGGGGUUGUGGGACCAGAAUCUUGCCUUGAAGUGGGUUCGAAGUAACAUCGGUUCGUUCGGUGGAAAUCGCGACGACGUCACUCUAUGGGGGUUCAGUGCAGGAGCGAUCUCCGCCGGCCUGCACGCUAUUUCUCCUCAAAGUCGCGAUUUGUUCCACAGGCUCAUUCUCCAGAGCUCCACUCCACUGUCAUUGAUAAUAGGCAUUACCCUUACGGGAACAGGAAAGUUUUUAAAGGUCGCUGGGUCCCUUAGUUGCUUUGAGGGUGCACAGGACUGGUCUAAGAAUCUUUCUGGGAUCAUUCGAUGUUUACAAAAUGUUGACGCACAAGAUGUAUACCGCACUCUAAAGAAUGGAGAUCCGAUUGAUCAAUUGUUUUCUCCCCUCUAUAACGAUGAGUUUCUUCCGGAUGAUAUCUUUUUAGCGGACACGUGGAAGUCGCUAAGGACGAAAGAGAUAUUUUUAGGUUCAAAUCCCGAUGAAGGCUCAUUGUUUUUGGAUUCAUUGAAAUUCCAGAUGCCUCAGCUGCUGAACGUUGUCACUUUCGAUAUCCGAUUGUCGGCCUCUGUAGUUAUUUCCACUUUGUUAGGGGUACCAAUGGGCAUGGCUAAAGAAAUUGUCCAGGCAUAUUUUGGAGACUAUCAUGUUGAACAUGACGAGGCCUCGAUUAACGCGAUUGUGGGGAAAAUAUUUGGUGACGUAACUGUUGACUGCCCCACAAACCUUUUCGCAGAAGUUGCCGCCGAACAAGGAAUAAGCGUUUACAGAUAUAUUUUUUCGCACAGACCUUCGUACAGUUUGUGGCCCAAGUCUUAUGGAAUCACACACAUGGACGAUUUGCCAUUCACCCUUGGUUUCCUUACACUUCUGAACGACACUAGCACAUACACUCCCCCCAUUGGAAAGGGCGCCAGAAGUGUGUUGAAGGCCAUAAACUUCACUUCAGAAGAGGUGUUGUUUAUGAAGGAACUCACGGGAACUUGGACCACGUUUGUGAAAACUGGGUAA